AGCAUACACAUCACUCGAUGCUUAAAUUUCUUACCGCUUCUCAUCACUCAACAAUUCGUUGCCUGAAGAUUUGAAUCAUCCAAACUUGUCACUUUCGAGCGGGAUUUGGCAAUGAUGGCCUCCUGGUUUUCCAAGGCCACGACGGCAACGACGAAUCUUGUGACCAGCAGCGCCAAUCAUCAUCGCCCGCAAAAUAAUCAAGCUCAACUGGUCACUGUCGCCGUCGUCUCGGGAGUUGUUGUAGGGACUGCCAUUCUGGGAAUGCAGAAGGCACUUCGGAUGUACAAGCUCACCGAAUAUGGAGGAGCUUCUGGAUGGUUUGCAAGCGCUGAAGACAAGCGUAGCAUUGAGCUUGCAGCAAGAGCAAGGAAGGGAGACUAUGACGACGAAUUGAUCUUGGAGCAAUUGGCACGAAACAGAGUCUUCUUGACUGAUGAGGGACUUGAAAGUCUACGCUCAUCCUUCGUCGUGGUGGUGGGCUGUGGUGGCGUGGGGUCUCACGCAAUAGCCGCCUUAGCUCGUUCUGGUGUGUCAAAACUUCGGCUCAUCGAUUUUGAUCAAGUUACGUUGUCUUCCCUAAAUCGACACGCGGUUGCCACGCUUGCAGAUGUAGGUACUCCUAAGGUACAUUGUAUUCGACGACGUCUGGAGCAAGUCACUCCCUGGACACAUUUCGAAUGCCGCAAUGAGCUAUUCGGCGAGGACACUGCAGAUUCACAGCUGGCGCCUAUGGACGGACAAGAGCCAGACUUUGUCAUCGAUGCCAUCGACAACAUCGACAGCAAAGUCGCAUUGCUUAACUAUUGCUACAAGAAUAAGAUCCCUGUAAUAUCCUCCAUGGGCGCUGGAUGCAAAUCGGACCCCACAAAGUUGUUCAUAGGAGACAUCUCGGCCAGCACAGAUGACCCCCUCUCCAAGUCGACCAGGCGUAGGCUCCGGGCUCUAGGAGUCAAACAAGGUAUACCAGUUGUAUUCUCUACAGAGAAGCCUGGUCCUGGCAAGGCCGAAUUGUUGCCUUUGCCCGAAGAAGAAUAUGCAAAAGGCAGCGUGACCGACCUCAGUGUCCUUCCAGACUUCCGUGUACGAAUUCUUCCUGUGCUAGGCACCAUGCCGGCAAUAUUCGGUCUCGCAGUCGCGAACCACGUCAUUCUAGAGCUUACAGGCUAUCCUCAUGAUUAUCUCCCUGCCAAGUCAAGAGAUAAGAUGUACGAUGGGAUCCUAGGUGCUCUCCAAGGAUUCGAAGAAAGACUCGCUAAGCACAAUGGCUUCGAUGCCCAAGGUUUGAGGAUUCCGCUCACCCCUGAGGAUGUCGGAUACCUCGUGGAAGAGGUCUACCAUGGCCGAAGCGUCAUCAGCGGAUUAGCUACCCGUCUAUGUCUCGUCCGCUGGCACCGACCAAGCGAAGACUUCAUUGAUAAGCGUACACCAGGCCAAAAGAACUCUCUGUUGCAGAUGAAUGAGCUUGUGUGCAUGACGAAAGAGGAGGCCGUGAAGCAUGAGAAGAAAGUCUUGAUGGGCCGCAAGGCACCCGAAGACCUUUACGACAGGAGAGUCGUCGAUGCUGUCAACCGCAAGAUGCUCGAAGAGGAAGCAUUUAGCAGAUACCGAUAAUCUAAAUAACGUUUACGAGGCCACCGAUUCAGAAUGAUUACAAUAAAUACAAUGUACACGAUAUACAUUUAGUAUAAAGAAAACAAUAGACUUCAAUUUUGUCGCAAGACUACAGCUC